ACACGCCCCGCAGGACGCCGCUACGUGCAGCGGCCACAUCACCAAUAGGAAGUGUUCAAUCUGUACCCGGUAGUUGAACAGCUGAAAGAAGAUGGACCAGUUUGAGGAGGCCUCCCAGAAAUCCAUGCUCCAUCCCAAACCAAAAGGGCUAACGUUGCAGUAUGGCACAGCAGGGUUCCGCACCACAGCGAAACACUUGGACCACGUGAUGUUCCGCAUGGGCCUGUUGGCCACACUGAGGUCCAGAAAAACCAAGUCCACCAUAGGAGUCAUGGUCACUGCUUCUCACAAUCCAGAGGAGGACAAUGGAGUGAAACUGAUUGACCCUAUGGGGGAGAUGGUGACCCCAGCCUGGGAAGGCUAUGCCACACAGCUAGCCAAUGCAGAGCAGGAGGCUCUGUGCGCUGCAUUGAAGGACAUUAUUGAGAAAGAAGCCAUCAGCAUGAGUGAUACAGCAAGUGUCUUUAUAGGCAGAGAUACCAGGCCAAGCAGUGAGAACUUAUCGCGGGCUGUUUUGGAUGGGGUGUCCUGUUUAGGAGGGCAGAUUCAAGACUAUGGUCUUGUGACCACACCUCAGCUGCAUUAUAUGGUCCGCUGUCGCAACACCCACGGUUGCUAUGGUACUGACACAUUACAAGGCUACUGUCAGAAACUCUCCCGGGCUUUCAUUGAACUCAGUAAGAAUGCCCGGAAUCACACUGACGAUCAGAAGCGGCUGCUGGUUGACGGGGCCAAUGGAAUUGGCGCACUGAAGGUGAGAGAACUGGAGGCAUAUCUCCAGUCUGAACUGCAGGUGGUGCUCUUUAAUGAUGGCAGCAACGGCAAACUGAACUACCUGUGUGGAGCCGACUACGUAAAAGUACAGCAGAAACCUCCACAAGGAAUGAGUAUGGGGGCAGGUGAGCGUUGCUGCUCAUUUGAUGGUGAUGCUGAUCGUAUUGUUUACUAUUACAACGACCCAGAUGGAUGCUUCCAUCUAUUGGACGGAGACAAAAUUGCUACUCUCAUUAGCACAUAUCUCAAAGAGCUUCUGACUCAGGCAGGGCUUAACCUACAGAUUGCUGUUGUACAAACAGCAUAUGCUAAUGGAAGCUCCACACGAUACUUGGAAGACAUAAUGAAGGUCACAGUGUGCUGCACGAAGACAGGAGUGAAGCAUCUUCACCACGCAGCUCAGAAUUUUGAUAUCGGAGUUUACUUUGAAGCCAACGGUCAUGGAACGGCUCUGUUCAGUGAAAAAGCAGAGAAGGAGAUCCAGCAGCUAGUCAAAGACCCAAAUGUGAGUGAUGAAAAGAAGCAUGCAGCAAAGCUUCUGGAGAACACCGUCAACCUCAUCAACCAGGCUACUGGUGAUGCUAUUUCAGAUAUGCUGGUUAUUGAAGCUGUGUUGGCCAUCAGAGGGAUGACUGUUCAGGAGUGGGACAGCAUUUACACAGAUCUGCCAAACCGGCAGCUCAAAGUCAAGGUGGCAGACAGACGUGUGAUAGACACAACAGAUGCAGAGCGUCGUGCAGUAACGCCAGCAGGACUACAAGAUUCCAUAGAUGCUCUGGUUAAAAAGUACACGACAGCUCGAGCCUUUGUCAGACCCUCAGGCACCGAGGACGUGGUCAGAGUGUACGCUGAAGCUGAAACACAGGAGAGUGCAGAUGCCUUGGCACAUGAAGUAAGUCUGGCCGUAUACCGCCUGGCUGGAGGAGUUGGAGAGGAGCCAAAGCCCUUAAAGUGACCACGCAAACACUCUCCUAUACCUUGCACUUCAGACAAUGAUAUACAUAUAUACAUACAUAGGCACACAUGCCUUUAAAAGGGAGAACCCAGUGAUUUUUUUAAAUCAACACUCUCCUGUGAAUAUUAAUAUAGAAUUUAUGUUUAUGAUCGAGGUACUUCAUCAGCAUGAAUGUACCAGAUAUUUUAUGGUGGGUAUAAUGAGCUUUGUUUACAAUCAAAGGCCUUAAAGAAGAUUAUGCAGGUGUUGCUACAUAUCUUCUGUUGCCCUUUUCUGUAGUUUUCAUGGGACACUAACUAGGUUGAUUCUGAUAAUGGAACACUUUGCUCCUGAAUGUUUUAUGUUAUUUGUAUUUUUGUCACAUGGAUCCAUUUUUCUCAGCUGUACUUUGAGCAUUCCUAAACUGGACAAUCUUAUUAUCUUAUCUGCAAAGUUGAUGUUGACACUAUCACAUAAAAACAAUCAUAGUAUGAAGGAAAUGGGAAUAAAACAACCUCAUCUAAAACAA